CCGAUCGCCUUAACCCAACUCUUCGUCUUGGAAGAGAAGAGAAGCGUCGCAAGUGUCCAGGUCAGUCUCCGGUCUUAUUUUCGUUGAUCGGUCCACCAUGGAUGAGCUUUUCGACGUCUUUGACGACCAGCCUCAGGCUGUCAAGCCGGCUGAGGGAGCACCUAAAAGAUCAAAGAAAGACAAGAGCAAGAAACGGCAGGUCAAUGGCGAUGUCAAAGCAACCGCCGCCGCUACCGCCGCUACGGAGGAUAUCGACAUCCCCGACGCCCCCGACGCCCCCGACGCCCAGGUCCCUGCCCCCGUGGACGAGAAGGAACCCGAAUCAGAAGACGAGAAGGAAGCCAGCCCUUUUGCCGACUCCAAUGACCAACCUGAUGCGAAACGUCCGCGCCUCGCGACAAAGGAGGCCGAGCCUGUCUUGGUCGAUUCAUUCGAGACGGAGCAGGAGCGCGAAGUCGCUGGAGCCACCGGACUGCAAGCUUCGGCCGAUUCUGCGUCAUUGAAGUUGUCUCACCAAGUUCGACACCAGGUCGCCAUUCCGCCGAAUUAUCCCUAUGUGCCUAUUUCCCAACACAAGCCGCCAGAGAAUCCUGCCCGCGUAUGGCCAUUCACUCUCGAUCCUUUCCAGCAAGUAGCUGUCGCAUCCAUCCAAAGAGAGGAGAGCGUGCUUGUCUCUGCCCAUACCAGUGCUGGAAAGACCGUGGUCGCCGAGUACGCUAUCGCGCAGAGCUUGAAGAACAACCAGAGAGUCAUUUAUACCAGUCCGAUUAAGGCGCUGAGCAACCAAAAGUUCCGUGAAUUCCAACAAGAGUUCGGCGAUUGUGGUUUGAUGACUGGAGAUGUCACUAUCAACCCUACCGCUACAUGUUUGGUCAUGACCACCGAGAUUCUACGUUCGAUGCUCUAUCGUGGCUCCGAGAUCAUGCGUGAAGUGGCUUGGGUCAUCUUUGACGAGGUUCACUACAUGCGCGAUGCCACCCGAGGUGUGGUCUGGGAGGAAACCAUCAUUCUUUUGCCCGAUAAGGUUCGGUAUGUCUUCUUGUCGGCGACAAUUCCCAACGCCAUGCAAUUUGCGGAGUGGAUCGUGAAGAUGCACAACCAGCCCUGUCACGUUGUGUACACCGACUUCCGACCAACCCCGUUGCAACACUAUUUCUACCCGGUCGGCUCUGAAGGAUUGCAUUUGAUUGUCGAUGAGAAGGGUGUCUUCCGCGAGGAUAACUUCCAGAAGGCGAUGAGCAGCAUUGCUGAUAAGAAGGGCGAUGACCCUUCGGAUGCCAUGGCCAAGAGGAAAGGAAGGGGCAAAGACAAGCGCUUGAACAAAGGGGGCCAGAACGACGAGAAGAGCGAUAUGUACAAGAUCGUUAAGAUGAUCAUGCUUCGGAACCUCAACCCUGUUAUCGUCUUCAGUUUCAGCAAGCGCGAGUGCGAGAACGGUGCUCUUCAGAUGAAGAAUCUGUCAUUCAACGAUCCAUCAGAAAAGGAGAUGGUCCAAACAGUUUUCGACAAUGCUCUUAAGAUGCUUUCGGAAGAGGAUCGGAAUCUGCCCCAGAUUCAAAAUCUCCUACCACUUCUGCGCCGUGGUAUCGGUGUCCACCACUCUGGGCUGCUUCCCAUUCUCAAAGAAACCAUUGAGAUUCUGUUCCAGGAAGGUCUUAUCAAGGCUCUGUUUGCUACGGAGACCUUCUCCAUUGGCCUGAACAUGCCGGCAAAGACUGUUGUGUUCACCAGCGUAAGAAAAUUUGACGGCUUCAGUCAACGCUGGGUUACUCCCUCAGAAUUCAUUCAGAUGUCUGGUCGCGCUGGGCGAAGAGGUUUGGAUGACCGUGGUAUCGUGAUCAUGAUGGUUGGAGAAGAGAUGGACCCCGCGGUUGCAAAGGAGAUCGUACGCGGCGAGCAGGACCGGCUGAACUCGGCUUUCCACCUGGGCUACAACAUGAUCCUCAAUCUCAUGCGUGUAGAAGGUAUUUCGCCUGAGUUCAUGCUCGAGAGAUGUUUCUACCAGUUUCAAAACACGGCUGGUGUUGCUGAGCUUGAAAAGCAGCUUGCGGAAUAUGAACAGAAGCGUGCGAACAUGAAGAUUGAAGACGAAGGCACCAUCCGUGACUAUUACGAUUUGAGGAAACAGCUUCAGAAGUUCAACGAUGAAAUAAGGACAGUCUUUACCUAUCCCGACUACUGCCUGCCAUUUAUCCAACCUGGUCGCUUGCUUCAGGUGAAGCAUAAGGACAACGACUUCGGCUGGGGCAUCGUUGUCAACAGCAAACAGCGCAAGGCGCCGAAAGGCUCGAGUGAAGAGUACACUCCUCACCAGUCACACGUUGUCGACGUUUUGCUCCAACUUCCCGAUGGCAAUUCUGUGGGCACUAAGACUUUCGAAGACAUGCCAGCUGGAGUGCGGCCGCCUAAGGAGGGUGAGAAGACCUCCAUGGAGGUCGUUCCAAUUGUGCUUAGCUGCAUUCAGGCCAUCGGAAAACCGCGUGUCUUCCUCCAAAAAGACUUGAAGUCCAAAGACGCGCGGAAUUCGAUGAAGAAAACUCUUACUGAAAUCCACAAGCGUUUCCCGGACGGCAUCGCUACUAUGGACCCGCUCGAGGACAUGCAAAUCAAAGAUGAUAAUUUCAAGAAGACUCUUCGUAAAGUCGAAGUCCUGGAGUCUCGACUGUUCACCAACCCGUUGCACAACUCUCCCCGUCUAGCGGAAUUGUACGAUCAAUAUUCGGAGAAGGUGGAGCUGGGAAACAAGAUUAAGGAGACGAAGAAGAAGAUCUCCGACGCCAUGUCUAUCAUGCAGCUCGAUGAACUGAAAUGUCGCAAGCGGGUCCUUCGUCGGUUCGGUUUCAUCAAUGAAGCCGAGGUCGUACAACUGAAGGCUAGAGUUGCGUGCGAAAUCAGCACGGGUGACGAACUGAUGCUGAGUGAGCUUCUUUUCAACGGUUUCUUCAACAAGCUUACGCCGGAGCAAGUCGCUGCCGUUCUGAGUGUCUUCGUGUUUGAGGAAAAGACCAAGGAGACCCCUGCUCUAACACGGGAUGAGUUGGCCAAGCCCCUCAAAGAGAUCCAAGCGCAGGCUCGGAUCGUCGCCAAGGUCUCGCAGGAAUCCAAGCUGGCCGUCAACGAGGAAGAAUACGUCAACAGUUUCCACUGGGAGCUGAUGGAGGUCAUGUAUGAGUGGGCGAACGGAAAGUCCUUCUCUGACAUCUGCCAAAUGACCGAUGUCUACGAGGGCAGCUUGAUCCGAGUUUUCCGCCGACUGGAGGAGUGUAUGCGCCAGAUGGCGCAGGCAGCCAAGGUCAUGGGCAGCGAAGAACUUGAGAGCACUUUCGAAACCGCCCUGACCAAGGUGCGUCGGGAUAUCGUCGCCGCUCAGUCCUUGUACCUAUAAAGCACCAUGCUAUCGUUGUUUCACUUCGCCCCCCUCGAUUGUGUCUUCUCUCGCUUCGACUUUGGUGGUUGGGCUAUUUUUCUUUUUACCUUGGUGGUCGCAUAUCCGGCGUCAGGCUUCACAAAAAGGUUCAUGUAUGACUUUUUCUUGCCGUUUCCUGUUCCUCAUAUCGUUUUUAUGUCUACAUAUUUCUCUCUGUAAAUGAGGGUGUCAUUUUUGUGCGACACCCGAUUUUAGAUGGCGCAGUGCUCUUCCAAUCCCAGCAGGCCGUUUCCC